AUGGGGGAAAAAACAAUUGGAACCAUUUCCGUAUUUGACCGCUAGGUUUUAUGGGCAUUGUGAUUUAUAUUGCGGUACUCUAUAGGCUACUACUUCUGAUACCUGUAAAUCUGCCCUUAAAGAUCACUGAAAAUAAAAAAAUAGCUACUUUCGUUUCACGCCAGUGGUAUUUGACAGUUCCCCUCAAUUCUCUGACGUUUACCCCGCCCCAUCAAUCCUGGGUUGUUUACAAUACUGCCACAGGCCAGGAAUGGUAAGGGGCUGACGGACUCUUUUGGAACAUACCUCGUCAACUAGCUACUUUUACGAUAGAGGUCGUCUCUGAAAAGUAUUUGCGCACAGGGAAAGGUGCCACGCAAGAGCGGCCCGGCAACUCGACUGCAGCACGACCUUGGAUUGGAAAAGUAAGCACCAUCGCCACCCGAAAAUAACAGUAGCGAAGCUCCCACUUCCUGAUAGGAGGAAGUGGGGAUGAAAGUGAAGCUAAAGCCGGUGUCCUCUCUCCCGGUGCUGCUCUCCAUCACACUCUGAACCAGCUCAUCAGGCGAACGAGGAGAGAGACUGGAGGAGGAAGAGGGUAGUGGUUUAGGGGUGUGAGGGAUUGAUCUCCUGUCACCAUGGACAUGGACACCCAGCCACAAGGCCAGCAGGCAGCAGUACCCGUGUUCCAGCCACAGAAGCCGCUUCAGCCGGACAUGGGCCACAACUCUCUGGCUAACUUCCAGAUUGAGAAGAAGAUUGGGCGGGGCCAGUUCAGUGAGGUGUACCGGGCCAGGUACCUGAUGGACAACACCUCCAUGGCCCUCAAGAAGGUUCAGAUAUUCGACUUGAUGGAUGCCAAAGCUCGGCAAGAUUGCAUCAAAGAAAUAGAUCUCCUAAAGCAACUGAACCACCCAAACGUGAUCAAGUACCAUGCAUCAUUUAUUGAGGAGAAUGAGCUGAACAUUGUGUUGGAGCUGGCCGAUGCUGGUGACCUCUCCCGGAUGAUCAAGCACUUCAAGAAGCAGCGGAGGUUAAUUCCAGAGAGGACAGUGUGGAAGUACUUUGUCCAGCUGUGCAGUGCGCUGGAACACAUGCACUCCCGACGGGUCAUGCACAGAGAUAUAAAGCCAGCUAAUGUGUUCAUAACAGCCACAGGAGUGGUGAAGCUGGGAGAUCUGGGACUAGGACGAUUCUUCAGCUCUAAAACCACCGCUGCCCAUUCUUUAGUGGGGACCCCGUACUACAUGUCUCCAGAGAGAAUACAUGAAAACGGAUACAACUUCAAAUCUGACAUCUGGUCUCUAGGCUGCCUGCUCUACGAGAUGGCAGCUCUCCAGAGCCCGUUCUAUGGCGAUAAGAUGAACCUGUACUCUCUGUGUAAGAAGAUAGAGCAGUGUGACUACCCUCCGCUCCCUUCCGACCACUACUCUGAAGAGCUGAGGAAGGUGGUAGAUAUGUGUAUUAACCCCGACCCAGAGAAGAGGCCGGACAUCAUGUAUGUGUAUGACGUCGCCAAACACAUGCACGGCCAGACGCAGCAGGGCAGCUAAGUCUACACCUGAAGAUAACAAUACGACCCGCAUCUCUUCCUCUCUUCCCUCCUCCUUUCAUCCCUCGCUUCCACAUAAGGACAGGCAGACACCGAUCUUGUCUUUCACACAAUCAUGUAUUGAGAAGUUCUGCAAAAAAAAAAGUUCUGUAAUGUAAGUGUUUUGUUUAAGAGAAGGAGGUUAUGUACAGUGCAUUCGUAAAGUAUUCAGACCCCUUCACUUUUUCCACAUUUUGCUACUUUACAGCAUUAUCCUAAAAUUGAUAAAAUGUUUUUUCCCCUCAUCAAUCUACACACAAUAAUG